ACACUGUUGUUGGCGUAUGUGGUUAACGGGGACAAUUCCAUAGACCCAAUGCAUUUUAUACUGUACAAACUGUAUAUUCUAUUCCCCUUAUCUACCCCUGUUCCUAAACCCAAGGAUCACAAAAACCUGUUGCCAGUCUUUAAUCUAUUAAAAAGAACCAUUACGUUUUAGCUGUUCAGUUUAUGGGGACACUGUGUCCCCAUAAACCAUGUUUAUAGCAUAGUAAACAUGUCAUUAUACACUAUUCAUGUCCCCAUAAACCACAUUUGCACACACACACACACACACACACACACACACACACACACACACACACACACACACACAUAGUAUUAUUGUGUAAAUGGCAGUUAAAAAUCAGAGAAAUGUUUACCCUGAUCACAGUGUCAUCACAAGCAAAGUUCAAAACAAUUUGACCAUUGAAAUUAGGAAAGCACAUAGCAUCCCUUGCAUAAUGUGAUUUUAAAUCAUAUUGUGUGAUAUUAAUUCAGAAUGUUUCUAUGGGUAGGCUAUAUUACACAUAAAUAACUUUCUCUUUUUCUUCCUUUUUCUUAGACAACAUGGUUUCUAAUACAAAGAAAUGCCCCAACUGCCCCCAGGUCAUGCCCUGUGCCACUAAGGUUUGUAAGGCCUGUGGGGCAGAGCAGCCCAAGAAGGCUCGCCUGAUGAAGAGGCUGCAGGCCCUUGAUAAGAAGAAGGGGGAGUGGGUUAGCAAUCUUAAAAAAAACCACAAUGAGGCAGCCAUGCGGGAUGAAGCCAUCAUUUUGCUUGAGAAGCUUCAUGCAAUGGGCUACAAGCCACUACUCCUCCUUCAGAAGAAAGGCAAUGGAAAGAAGCCUAAAAUAGCUUCCCUCACCCCAAGAUGCGAGCUGGACCCGCUGGCAACACAACACCUCAGCAAAAUGGCAGCUUUUUAUGAGUUGGUUUGUGCAGGUUGGAAGGCGUGUGAGGACACUGUCCUCACCCUGACCCUCACCCCCUGUGACGAGCAGGGGACCUCAGGAGAGGCGAGGCCAGAAAUUCUUGUGGAAGAGGCAGAGCCGGAAGGCCUCAUGGAGGAGGCGGAGCUGGAAGGCCCCGCUGUGGAGUUGACAGGCCUUGUGGCGAAGGCGGAGCUGGAAGGUCCUGGUGUACAGGCAGAAGGCCUCGUGGAGAAGGCGGGGCUGGAAGGCCACGUGGAGAAGGCGGGGCUGAAAGGCCUCAUGAAGGAGGUGGAGGUGAAAAGCCCCGGAAUAGAGGAUGAAGGCCUUAUGGAGGAGGUGGGGCUGGAAGGGUCCACUAUGAAGAAUAAAGACCUUGUGGAGGAGGCGGAGCUGGAAGGCCCCGCUGUGGAGACGGCAUGCCUUUUGGAGAAGGUGGCGCUAAAAAUCCCUGCUGUGGAGGCUGAAGCCCUUGUGGAGGAGGCGGGUGAAGAAGAUCUACCUAAAAAAGGGUCAACAGGGAAGAGAAAGCAGAAGUCAGAGGCAGAAAUGGAUAAAAGCAAAAAAAAAAAAAAAAAUUGCGCCUACCACACAGGCCUAGAUGUUUUCCCAAUUAGGAGUGCUCUAAAAGAAAGAGUGAGAAAGGGACAAAGAGAAUUGCUGAUCGACUGGGAGCCUUGUGCAGCAUGUGGGAAACAAUGGACUCCUACUUGGGAGCCCAAGGAGUCAUUUGUUUAAAAUAAUACAUUUUGUAAUAUGUUGUUUUAUUUUUUGUAUUGUAUAUUGCAUAUUCAAUAAAUUUUUUUUAUAGUAAUUUUGUGAUAUUUCUAUACAACGUAAAGUGUUGUUUACAAGCCCCGUGUUGAAGAUGGUAGAUGUUCAACAUUUCUUGCCAUUUCAGAACUGGAUAAUUCAAGAAUGCCUAACUCAGUACAAAAACAUGUUCUUCUUUUGAUAUGUGGUUUAUCAAGAGGUUAGUAAAUUAUUCAACCAAACACAAUGCGUGCACAAAUGGAAGCAGGACUCUGUACAUGCUGUAAGUCAGAUGCAAUUUAUUGUACAUUUAAAAAAACAAUUCCUCACGAAUGACAGUGUUAAUAAUUUAAAAUGAAUGUGCAGUAUCCAUAAUGGUCAUCACAAACACAUGUUUCCAUAUGUAAUAUGCAUGGCAGUUUACAACCUGCCAGUUUCCAAUAUUCAUACAAUAGAAGGUGAUUAUUUACAAUAUUUGUUAUUUUUGGGAGAUUGUGUGUGUGGGGGGGGGUUGAUUUAGCAGAAACCUUAUAUUCUUAGUAGUUUAAAUGACCUUACAUUUGUCCCCUUUACUGAUGUUUUACCAGUCACUGCUCCUGACAGGCUGAUGUGGUCCCAGUCCUUUAUUUGGCUGCAGUUCCAUGAGUGGUCCCUGGUAAGGUAGAUAAAAGGAAGCUGAAGAAGCCGGUGUUUGUCUUGCCCCACUUCCCUGUAGUAUUCCCACUCCACUGUUUGGUCAUUGAUCCUUGGCUCUCCUGUUAUAUUGUGGUGGUGAGAGUGUAGAACGACCCAAAAAGAAGACCCAAGACGAUUAGAAUGUUCCAGUGGACACUGGUGGUGGUGCUGCUACUGCUUUGACCUCAUGUCGCUUUUACCACAUGGCUGUCCAAUCAAACAGCCUGUUAAGCCUUAACACAACCCCAUUCCACAGACACACACACACACACACACACACACUCAUUUUUUCAACCUCUCAUCUGCUUGUCUCAUCCCUGUAGUUUCCAUUAAAUUUAUAUUAAAUCAAUUUUUUUUUCAAUAAUUGUGAUACUUUUGUCAUUUUCAUAUAGAUGACCACAUUCAACAAUUUACAAAUUAAUUAAAAGAAGCAAACAAUGUCUGUAAAUGAAAUAAGUAUGCAUUAUAUUAAUAAACAUGGAAUAGUUUUUACAUUUAGUACAUUGACAAAGUGUUUUAUUGUUCAAGGUAGUUGUGCAGUUUGUGAUCUGAGUUGAUUUAAUAGGUGUUGUUUUUUACAGUCAAAUAGAGUAUGUCCAGUACUCCGGGUGUGCUUCCAAUGUGUGUGAAGUGGACACGUUUACUCUAACUGAAUGUUUAUGUAUUGAUAAUCCAUUGCAUAAGUAACAAUAAAAAUGAUUUCCUUCUUA